AUGGAUGGUCAGGAUAUACAUCGCUAUCAACCUGGUCGUGGUUUGCCAACUUAUUUACUAUCACGCAACUACGCCGACUCAAGUACAGACAACGGUGGAGCAUCACGAAUUCGCGCAGCGUCGCGUUGUUCAAUGACGGCCGACGAAGACAGCGAGUUUUCAUCCAUCUCACAUGUUCCACGGACCUUUUCUUACAUGAGCACGUCCUCAAGUUUCACGUGGUCUGAUAAAACUUCUAUUUCUAUGCCACCAAGCACAUUCCAGUAUGAAAGAAGUAGUGCUAGUCGUUCAACUGAUGAUGAGACCCGAACGAUUCAAGGUGAAACAUUUUCAAUGCAGAUGGAGUAUCCACCUAUCAUUAGUGCUAGUAGUUCUUUCGGUGAAGCUAGUAGUACCACAGCAGAAACAAAAUUGUCGAGUGUUGCUUUAGUCAGUGGCCUCCUAAUUGAGAAACUAGCUAAUACACUUGUGCCAGGUCAAGGUCAGCAAUUAAUUGAAAUAGCUCAACUUCAAUCACAAACUAGAGAAGAACAACAAUUACAGCUUUCCAUAACUAACGAAAUGGUUCAAAGUCUAAAAAAAGUGUACGAUAUUUAUGUUAAACAGGAUAUACCUUUCAUUGAUCAAGUUCGAAUUCUUUCAUUACUUCCUCGUCCAUGGAAAUGCGAAAAGGUAAUGAGUAUUGUUGGGUGUACUCGACAUGCUGUUAAAGCAGCUCAUCAAAUGUAUGACGACGAAGAGUACAUACUCAAUAGAGAUCAGAAGUCGACCGUUCGACAUCGCGCUGAUCCUGAAGAGAUUAAACACUUUAAAAGUUGGCUUGUAGAGAGUGAUGCACUGGUCUCUGGUAGAGUAUAG